CCCUGUUCGUAUCGUUAGUUGUCACGAGGGGAGCGGAGGGAGACUAUGUAGCUACGCUGCUUCAGCUGUAAAUCUUUCUAUCAUGAAAUUGGUUUAUAUCGUGGUGUUAUAUUGUUUAUGCAUAUCAUCAAAUGCACAGCCUGUUUCGGAAUCGGUCUCCAAUGUGACAGAGACACUUGAUGGAGGUCUCUCAGAUGCUGAUGUCAAUGAUCCACACAUCAAGGAUGUAGCAGCCUUUGCAUUGAGUGAAAUUGAUAGGAGACAGAAUUCAGCUUUCAAGCAAGCGUUAGUUCAGAUUGUCAGUGCUAAAACUCAGGUUGUUGGAGGUACUCUUUAUCACCUCCGGCUAGAAGUUGGUGCUAGCAACUGCCGUAAGGGAAAAGAUGAUGCCAAUUCUGAAUGCACUUUAAAGGCAGGAUCGAAUAUCCAAGUGUGCGAUGUAAAGGUGUGGGAUAAACCAUGGUUGCCUACACGUCAAGUUACAGAAUUAUCUUGUUCUGAAAAAACUUCAAAGAGGAAAAGAGAGACACUUGUAGGGGGCUUUACGGAUGCAGAUGUCAAUGAAGAAGGUGUCAAGAAUGCUGUAGAGUUUGCUCUCACUGAAAUUGACAAGUCAUCAAAUUCAGCCUACAAGCAAGCACUAGUUCAGAUUCUGAGUGCCCAGAAACAGGUGGUCGCUGGAACCUUGUACUAUCUGCAGUUUGAAGUUGGUGAUAGUAACUGUGAUAAAAGAAGCAGCGAAGCUGCUACAGAAUGCAGUCUGAAGGACGGAUCGAACCACCAAGUGUGCUCUGUAAAGGUGUGGGACAGGCCAUGGCUAAAUAAGAAAGAGGUUACACACUUACACUGCUCUGCAAAGUCAGCAAGGAGGAGACGACAAACUAUUCCAGGAGGCCUUGCAGAUGCAGAUGUCAAUGAAGAAGGUGUCAAAAAAGCUGCAGACUUUGCCCUCACCGAAAUUGACAAGACAUCAAAUUCAGCAUACAAGCAGACACUAGUUCAGAUUCUGAGUGCAAAGAAGCAGGUGGUUGCUGGAGUCUUGUACCAUUUACAGCUUGAAGUUGGUGAGAGCAGUUGUGACAAAGGAAGCAAUAAACCUGCUUCGGAGUGCAGUCUGAGAGAAGGAUCGAACAACCAAAUCUGUACUGUAAAAGUAUGGGACAGGCCAUGGCUAAAAAAGAGAGAGGUUACACAAGUUGAUUGCACUGCAAAGUCAGCAAGGACGAGACGAACAGCACCUGACAUAACUCUACUAGGAGGUCUUUUUGAUUCUGACACUGAGAAUGUUGACAUAAAAAGUGCUGCAGCAUUUGCCGUGACUGAAAUCAAUAAUCGGCAAAAUUCAGAUGACAAACUUAUCUUGGUUCAGAUUCUCAGAGCACAGUCUCAGAUUGUUGCUGGGUCAUUACAUCACUUGAAACUGGAAAUUGGAGAAAGCAACUGUAGUAAUGCAAACAGUGGAGCAACUUCAGAAUGUACUUUGAGGGAGAAUUCGAAUAACCAAGUCUGUGAUGUGAAGAUAUGGGACAGGCCAUGGCUAAACAAGCGUGAGAUUACGGAAAUACAGUGCUCUUCCAAGUUGGACAGAACGAGACGAGCAGUACUACCUGAUGUCCCUCCAGGAGGUCUCCAAGAUGCUGAGAUAAAUGAUAGUGUCAAGAAUGCUGCAGCUUUUGCAGUAAGCGAAAUUGAUAAGCAACAAGAUUCAGAGUCCAAGCUGGUCUUGGUUAAGAUUGUGAGUGCUCAAACACAGGUUGUUGCAGGAAGGUUAUAUAAUUUUGAACUAGAAAUUGGACAGAGCAACUGUACCAAAGGAAACGAUGUUGCCACUGCACAGUGUACGGUGCAGGAUAAAUUGAGAAACCAGAUCUGCAGUGUGCAAGUAUAUGAAGUGCUAUGGGAAAACAGAAUUGAGGCAUCAAACAUAAAGUGUGUUCCAAAGUAAGAAAGCCAGAAGAAGAAAUCAUAGGAAUGCUACUGAAGUCACGUCAAGUUUCUUCAUAGCCGCUGAUUUCUGAGAAAACUGGCUGUGAUAACUUCCGGAUUGAACAUAAUGUAUUCAUAUGUCAUCAGAAAAAAAUGAUUAAAUGAGGGCCCAUUGCUAAAGCUGAUGAAAAACAAGGAUUGGCAAAUAGCAUGAUGUGGCUAAUCUGAUCUUAAGUCUAAAGUAUAAAAAAUACAUGUACUGUGAGGAAGCCUUGAAAAAUUUACAAAAAAUUAUCUUGUAACUAGCUUUUUCAUAUAAUGUUUAAACAGAUUAAUGUAAAAGAUAUGAAGAAAGAAUAAAGGAACAUUUAAAUUAAAA